AUGGUGACGACUUCUGGUUUUUUCGUUAAGGGUGGAGGUGAAAGUGAUGAAGAUGAGAGUGAUUUUGAACAAGAGGUUCAGACCGGUAACAACCUUCGUUACCUUGCAGACUGUGAUGACUCUGAGUUUUGUGGUGGUACGGAUACUAAACGUGUGAUAAAGCCAACAGAAGAUAAACGUUUUGAGGAGAUGACCAACACCGUAGGGAUGAUUGAGCAUUAUAUGAACAUCAAUCAUUGGGUUUGCGUGCCAGAAACGUUUGAGAAACUCAACAAACAGGUUGAGAAGGUCAUGAAGGUUACGAACGCUGUGAAGGCUCCGAGAUUGUAUAUCAAAGCUCUUGUGAUGAUGGAAGAUUUCUUUUUCUUUAAUAAACAAGGGCUUGAGGAGGAUGAUAAUAAGAAAACAAAGAAGAAGAUGAGUGUUAGUAACUCCAAGGCUUUGAACGCAAUGAGACAUAAGUUGAAGAAGAACAAUGUGCAGUACCAAGAAGAUAUCACAAGGUUUAGGAUGUUUCAAGAAACUGAGGACGGUUAUGAGUAUGAAGAUGAGGUGGAGGAACAACCUGAUGAUGUUAUUGUUUCUUGGGAGACGUUGUUUGGUUUAGAUGAUGAGGAGAUAACUUGGAACAUGGUCAACAAGAAGUUCAAAGAAACUGUGGCGGCUCGUUGGAGCAAAAGAAGAAGUGAUAGACUUAAACUCAAAACUGGUAAGACUCAUGCACAGAGGCUUAUGUACUUGACUAAGAUCGCCAAGACUCCUGCGCAGAAACUCGAAAUCUUGUUUAGCGUUAUGUCAGCAGCGUUGGAUGUGAGUCCAGGUGGUCUCAACGGAUACAUGCCGAUCAAUCUCUGGAAGACAUCUGUGGUUAACAUGUUUGCCAUACUUGACAUUCUUGUCAAGUACGAUAACAUUGUUGUGGAUGACACCGUUGAACCUAAUGAGAAGGAAACUUCAAAGCCAGUAGACUAUGGUGGAACUAUUCGAGUCAAGGCAAAUUUGGUUGCAUUCUUAGAGAGGAUUGAGACAGAGUUUUUCAAGAGUUUGCAGUGCAUUGAUCCUCACACUAACGAGUAUGUUACGAGACUGAAGGAUGAGCCUAUGUUCUUGGUCCUCGCUCAGAACAUCCAAGAAUACUUGGAGAGAAUAGGUGAUUACAAAGCUGCUUCAAAGGUAGCCUUAAGACUAGUGGAGUCAAUAUACUACAAGCCUCAAGAAGUAUUUGAUGCUAUGAGGAAAUUGGCUGAUGAAGAAAUUGAGGAAGCCGAAGAGGAAAGUUCAACUCAUCCUCCAUUCAUUGUUGUUCCGGAGAUUGUUCCUCGUGAGCCUACCUUUGCAGAGAGCAGCAGAGCUAUGAUGGAUACUCUUGUGUCUUUUAUCUACAGUAAUGGAGAAGAAAGGACCAAAGCCAGAGCAAUGCUAUGUGAUAUCUAUCAACAUGCUUUAAAUGACAAUUUUGUGACUGCUAGAGACCUGUUGCUGAUGAGUCAUCUCCAAGACAACAUUCAAUACAUGGACAUCUCAACACAGAUUCUCUUUAACAGGACAAUGGCACAACUUGGUCUUUGCGCCUUCCGGGUUGGAAUGAUAACUGAUUCACAUAGCUGCCUCUCUGAGCUUUACUCUGGUCAUAGAGUGAGGGAGUUGCUUGGCCAAGGUGUCUCACAAAGUCGAGAUCAAAACAAGACACCAGAGCAGGUGCUUUUAGAGAGGAGAAGACAAAUGCCGUACCACAUGCACAUAAACCUCGAUCUAUUGGAGGCUGUUCAUCUCACCUGUGCCAUGCUAAUUGAAGUCCCAAACAUGGCAGCAAACUCACAUGAUGCUAACCACAGAUUGUUUAGCAAGAACAUUCAUUUCCUGCUUAAGAAAAGUGAGAAGCAAGCGUUCACUGCACCGCCUGUAACUAUACGUGACCAUGUCAUUGCAGCCACAAGAGCCCUGACCAAAGGGGGAUUCCAAGAGGCGUUUGAAGUUUUGAACUCUCUUGAUGUAUGGAGAGUGUUCAAGAACCGUGACAGCAUCCUCGAUAUGGUGAAAGCUAGGAUCAUUGAAGUGGCUCUAAGGAGUUACCUGUUCACAUACUCGAGCUCCUGCUACAAGUCUGUAAGUCUUGACGAGCUGGCCGAAAUAUUUGACAUCUCUGAGUCACAGGUCCAUAAGAUUGUGAACAAGAUGAUGAUCAACGAGGAGCUUGAUGCAAGAUUGGACCAGCCAACUCAAUGCAUCGUCUUCCAUGGAGUGCAACACAACAGAUUACAAUCCUUGGCUUUUCAGUUAACCGAUAAAGUCUUGAUUCUAGCAGAAAGCAACGAAAGAGCAUUAGCGUCUAGAACUAGUGGGGAUAUGAGCUCAAGGAUAAGGGACAAGAGUCAGGACUAUGCAGCAGCAAAAUCAGAAGACAGAGGUAUGCAAAUGGAUGGCUCAAGCCGUAUGGUGAGUCUUAACCAAGGUGUUCUUGCGUAAAGAGGUUGAGGAGAGAGAUCUGCAGGCAGUGUUGACCUUAGGCUCUAUUAAGACUUUUAACUUUUUAGAAAUUUUGCUUUCUUGGAAAGUUUAACUAGUUUAAUUUUUGCGUCACUCCUAUUGAAUAGGAGAAAGAUUUUGUUUGUUUCAUCACAUUGGUUUCUCAUGUGCUUGCAGGUCUAGUUUUUGUGAGGUCUUAUACUCUCUUUGUUUGCUUAGUUUCUUCGUCCCUUGUUGAAAUGUGUUAUUGGUCUAAACCCAUUGAAUAGGUUUGAAGUCUUAUUGGUUAGAGCCUU